UGAUGAUCAGUGUGGCCCCAGAAGUGCCACCUGUCAGUGUCCAUCAGUGCCAGCUGUCAGUGCUGAACACUGUCACAUGCCAGUGCCCAUCAGUGCCACAUCAAUGCCACAUGUCAGUGCCUACCAGUGCACAUCAAUGCCACAUAUCAGUGCCCAUCUGAGCUGCCUUUCAGUGUCACCCAUUAGUGCCAGUCAGUGCCGCCUAUCAGUGCCUGUCAGUGCCGCCUAUCAGUGCCCGUCAGUGCCACCUAUCAGUGCCAUAUAUCAGUGCUGCUUUUCAGUGCCCAUCAGUGAUGCCUGUCAAUGCCCAUCAGUGCCACCUAACAUUGCCUCCUCAUCAGUGCCACCUAUCAGUGUCCAUCAGUGCAGCCUAUCAGUGCCCAUCACUGCAGCCUCAAUAGCGCACAUCAGUGAA